AUGAAGGUUCUCCUCCUCAUCCUCCUCGCCCAGCUCUGCUCACCAUCUCUGGUCCCCGAGAGGGAGAAGGACCCUGAGUACUGGCGGGGGCAGGCACAGGAGACCCUGCGGGCCGCCCUGCGGCUCCAGCGCCUCAACCAGAACGUGGCCAAGAACCUCAUCCUCUUCCUGGGUGACGGCAUGGGCGUCUCCACCGUCACGGCCGCUCGCAUCCUCAAAGGGCAACUGCAAAACCGCAAGGGCGAGGAGAGUCUGCUGGAGAUGGACAAGUUCCCCUACGUUGCCUUGGCCAAGACCUACAACACCAACGCGCAGGUGCCCGACAGCGCGGGCACAGCCACCGCCUACCUCUGCGGCGUCAAAGCCAACGAGGGGACGGUGGGCGUCAGUGCCGGUGUCACCCGUGACCGUUGCAACACCACCAAGGGCCAGGAGGUGACCUCCAUCCUCCGCUGGGCCAAAGAUGGAGGCAAGUCAGUGGGCAUUGUCACCACCACGCGGGUGACCCACGCGACACCCAGCGCCGCCUACGCCCACUCGGCCAACCGCGACUGGUACUCGGAUGGAGAGAUGCCCCCAGACGCGUUGGAGGGCGGCUGCAAGGACAUUGCCCGGCAGCUGGUGGAGAACAUCCCUGACAUCGAGGUGAUCUUGGGUGGUGGGCGGAAAUACAUGUUCCCCAAAAAUGCCAGUGACGUGGAGUAUCCCCACGAGGACAAGCAUCGGGGUACCCGCCUGGACCGCAGGGACCUCGUCCAGGCAUGGCAUGAGGCCAAGCCCCCCGGCAAGGUCGCCAAGUACGUGUGGCACCGGCGGGACCUGCUGGCGCUCAACCUCAGCCGUGUUGACUUCCUCCUGGGCCUCUUCGAGCCGGGUGACAUGGUGUAUGAGCUGGACAGGAAUAAUGAGACGGAUCCGUCCCUCACCGAGAUGGUGGCUGUGGCCAUCAGGAUGCUCCAGAAAAAUCCCCGGGGGUUUUUCCUCCUGGUUGAAGGGGGCCGCAUCGACCACGGGCACCACGAAGGGAAGGCGAAGCAGGCGCUGCACGAGGCAGUGGAGCUGGACCGGGCCAUCGGGCUGGCUGCCCGCCUCACCUCACCCCAGGACACCCUCAGCGUCGUCACCGCCGACCACUCGCACGUCUUCACCUUCGGCGGUUACACCCCCCGCGGGAACCCCAUUUUCGGUCUGGCCCCGAUGCAGAGCGAUGUGGACCGCAAACCCUUCACCUCCAUCCUCUACGGCAAUGGCCCCGGCUAUAAAAUUGUGGCGGGUGAGCGAGAAAAUGUCUCCGCCGUGGAUUUUGCGCACGCCAACUACCAGGCACAAUCGGCCGUGCCGCUGCGCCAGGAGACCCACGGCGGUGAGGACGUGGCCGUUUUCGCCCGCGGCCCCAUGGCUCAUCUCCUCCACGGGGUCCACGAACAAAACUACAUCCCCCACGCCAUGGCUUACGCCGCCUGCAUUGGCUCCAACAGAGCCCACUGCAACGCCGCCAGCCGCCCUGCCACCACCAUCCUCCUGCCCUUCCUCGCUCUCCUCUUCCUCCUCUGCUAA